AUGGUCGCCGUUCCAAACACUCAAGCCGAGGCCUUGGCUUGGCUUCGACGCUCCCACGAUAUCCACGACUCUCUCCAAACCACAGAGUUUGACAAGAUCUACUCCAAGGAUGCUCAGGUCAAAUUUACCAAUUUUCCUGUUGCUGAUGGUCUAGAAGCCAUCAAGCAGAUUAUGGACGCGGCGUUUGGGCAGCUGUCGUAUAUGAAGCAUGUCACUCGCCAAGCUGACCAGGUAGACAACAGGAUCUGGCUCGCUGUAGACAUCACUUAUCGGGUCAAGGGCGACCCUGACAACGAAGAUAUCAACAUCCCAGCUGCGGGACUGGUUACGAUUGUGACAGAGGGAGAAGAAGCUGGCAAGAUUGCGCGUUUCGAUGUCUUCCUGGACAACACUCCUGUCAGAGAGAAGAUCGCACUUGUUGCGAAUUCGGACUUGUAG